AUGAAUCAUCAAACAUCAUUAACGAGAAAGCAGUGCGACUUUACCAAGCUUAUUAUGGCUGGGUAUGAUUUAGAAUUAAACAAUGGAAGCACACAAGAUUUUGACGUGAUGUUUCAUGGGCCAAAUGGAACCGCAUAUGAAGGAGGAAUAUGGAAAGUUCAUGUAACCUUGCCGGAUGAUUAUCCUUUUGCUUCUCCCUCUAUAGGAUUUAUUAACAAAUUAUUACACCCGAAUGUUGAUGAAGCGUCUGGGUCUGUUUGUCUGGAUGUCAUUAACCAAACAUGGACUCCGCUAUACAGCCUUGUAAAUGUUUUCGAAGUUUUUCUACCCCAACUUCUCACCUACCCUAAUCCAUCUGAUCCCCUAAACAGUGAUGCGGCUUCAUUACUUAUGAAAGACAAAAAUAUUUAUGAAGAAAAAGUAAAAGAGUAUGUUAAGUUGUACGCAAGUAAAGAUUUAUGGGAUAAGCAAAAAAAAGAAAAAAAUACUUCAAAUAUGAAUGGUAACAUAUCACCAGUUAGUGAGUUAUCAUAUGUCGACCAAGAAGUCCAAGACAUAGACCUUGACAACUUAUGA